AUGAAGCUCACGCAAUAUCUCGCACUCCUUCCACUUUGCUCGGCAAGCAGUAGCUAUUAUUUUGAUGGCUCUGCUACCAGCAAUGGAGAUGGCACUCAAUCAAGCCCAUAUAAUACCUUGGCUUCAAUCCCGAAUCUGUCACUCUCUCCCGGUGAUAACAUUCUGCUCAAACGAGGCACCUCUUUUGAUGGUCCGCUACUGCUUAAUAAAAGUGGAUCUGCAGGAUCGGUUAUCACUGUCAGUGCCUAUGGAGAUGCCUCGCAGUCGAAGCCGAUGGUUGGCGCAGGGACCACCUUAAAUUCAGUCCUGAUCCAAGGUGCAUCCUUUGUCACUGUUCAAGAUCUCAACAUCACCAACCCAGGAGACAAUAAAACACCCCGCCGUGGUGUAUAUGUGUAUGCGGCCGAUGCUGGUCGAGUCCAGGACAUUACACUACAACGUCUCUACAUUCACGAUGUACGAGGCUGGAUGCCCUCAACCACAACCACCGGCAUUGCUACGGGGAAGUACGCGAAUGCUUCCGGUGGCAUUGUGAUUGAGGCCGCUGGCUCAAAGACCCCAACCUAUUUUGAUGGCCUCUUGAUCCAAGAUAAUGAGAUCCGCUCCGUGGAUCGGCAGGGAAUCUACACCUGGAGUAACUGGUGCCAGAGAGAGGAGCUUGCUGCUUUCUGGAAUACUCUGUGUCUCAAGCCAUGGGCGGCGUCCUCUGGAUUGGUUAUUCAACGGAAUCGUCUGUACGAUAUUGGCGGAGAUGGAAUCGUCAUCACGGGAAAUAAUGAUGCUAAAGUCCUUACCAACACUCUCGUUGGUUUCAAUCGGCGCUCCGAGUCCUACAACGCGGGAUUAUGGACCGCAAAUAGUGUUGGGUCUGUCUUCCGAUAUAACACCGUAUCAGGUGGCAAGUCUACACUUGAUGGAAUGGCCUAUGAUGUGGAUCAUUCGACCUCGGGUACUCUUUUCGAAUACAAUGUAUCCCACGACAAUGAGGGUGGAUUUUUCCUGUUCUGCCCUUACGAUAAACCAUCUCGAAACUUCACCAUCAGAUACAACCUGUCUGUCAAUGACCGGGCAAGGAUCUUCCAGGUUUGCGACGGAGGUCUCGUUGGUGGAAAAAUUUACAAAAACACCGUUUAUAUUGGUGAUGGUCUCUCGCCCUAUAUCGUCACAGAAACUACAGAUGCAACCCUCGAUGUUCAACUUACCAACAACAUCUUCAAAAAAGAGGGAUCUGGUGCGGCUAAGUGGGAGUUGAGUGAUACUAAGUUCACUGUCAACAACAAUGCAUUCCAAGGCUCCAUCAACACGUACCCCAAGGCCACCAAUUCCCUCACUGAAGCCCAAGGUCUAGCCGCUCCUGGAUUGAGGGAUCCCAAGGCGUAUCUGCUCUUGGCUGGUUAUCCUACCUUGGAUUCUGCAACCGAUGUAUUGGGUGAUGCAGACGUUGAUUUCUUCAAUAACCCCACAAGCGCGCACGCGAAUCGCGGAUUCUACUCUGGUGCUGGAACAAAGGCUCCGACAUGGAUUAGUCGUUUUGAUGACUCGAGUUUAUCGGGAUGGACCACUGCAGGAACUACCUCCAUUGUGGCAGACCCAUCCGGCGGACUAGGUAAAUCGCUUUCACUCGCUUCUGGUGUUUCGAUAACCAGACCUAUCUCGCUCACUGUUCCGUUCCGCCUCAAUUUGAGGAUUUGGACUCCGACCGGGACUGGCACAUUGCCAUCGGUGGAAAUCCAGGGGGUUUCGAAGUCUGCUACUGUGAAGUUUGCUGGUGCUACGCCCUAUAGACAAGGGGAGUGGCAAAUUCUGGAAAUCGCUUUUUCGGAUAGUGCUUCGACUGCUGCGGUGGAUGGAGAAUCUGUUACUUUGAAAUCUGCGACACAAAGUGGCAGAGUCACCACUGCGUUUGUCAAGAUUAAUGGCGGAUCGACUGGUUUGAUUGUAGAUGAAGCAUUUGUUACUGCUGCUUGA